AUGCAUAUUGCCCUACAGAUCUACCUCAAACUAUGUCCUCGACGACCGCACCUUUUGCGCGCCUUCGAUCUCCCCAAGGGCUCAAACUCUACGAGCAAACACAGCAAAUUCUGUUGCGUCGUGACCGUUGAUGAGAAACAGAAGAAAACCGAAGUUGUCAAAGGUCUCUCACCGGAGUGGAAUGAAUCGUUCUCCUUCGAUGCGCAUCCAUCUUCCAUUCUGAAGCUCGACAUAUUUGCCUAUCACAGAGUGCGCAAGAAUCAGCACAUCGGCGGCAUCUCUGAACCAAUUGAUAACUUAUGUCCAUCGAUACUCGACGGCGGGAACUGCGAUGUCACCAAGACGGUUUCGGGGCAAAGAAAUGCCCGAGUCGAACUACGUCUUGCGGUCGAAGUUGACCACCUACAAACCGUACCAGCCAAUCUCCUGAAAAUUACUGAGGCAGCCUUAUCCGACAUGCAUGUGCUCGCAAAACCCGCCGACUUGGCAAUUGGAACAUCAACAUCCGCUUUUGAACCUGUGACGGACUUGGUCGAGAUUUGGACGCCCCUCUUGAGCAAAGUCCAAAUAUUUUGUCAAUUGAUGGAUGGCAUCGCUGAAAUCUUGAAAACACAGAUAGAUCGUGACGACAAGAUACAUAAGCUAUUCGCAACCAUGAACUCCUUUUACGACAUCGUCAGCGACUUGCAAAAAGAAUCCGAGAAGAUCGACUCUUUGCACGACCUGUUGCAACGAAUAGCACAACAGACUACAGAAUGCUGUUACUUCAUCCGUGACUAUGCAAAGACCAAGGGUUUCGUCUCCGAUGCAGACGACAAGAUCAAUGGAUUCUGUGCCGUGUUUGACGAUUUCAAAAGUGAAUUCUACGGACGAGCAACCGUCAAGACCCAGGUUGUUGUGACGCGUAUCCUUAACGAAGUGCAAGGUCUAGCCGCUGAUAUCAACUUGGACGAUAUACCGUACGCAAAUGACGCCAGUUUCGACGAGACAAAAGCGUGCCAAGUGGGAACUCGCGUGCAAAUACUGGACGACAUCGCAAAGUGGGUCAACGAGGACGACGCUCCCCGCAUUCUCUUCCUCUCUGGUGCCGCGGGGACUGGUAAAUCAGCUAUUGCGCAUACAAUCGCUCACCGCUUCAAGAAAAUGAACCGGCUAGGAUCUUCUUUUUGUUUCGUCCGAGGCCGGACGGACCGCGGCCCAGACAAACUGUUUUCAACCGUGGCUCGUGAUCUGGCCGACUUUGACCAGGGCAUACGAUGCGCCCUACACGAAGUUGUUAAAGACAAUAAAGCAUUGCGAGUUACGUCGAAGGUUUCCCAGCAGUUCGAUAAUCUUCUUCUAAAACCGCUCGAGAAACUCACCAUUGCUGGUCCCCUCGUCAUAGUCAUCGAUGCUCUGGAUGAAUGCGGGGAUGCCAAGACCCGCAAAGACCUGCUCCGCGACCUGGCCCACAAAACUAAAGCUCUUCCCACCAAUUUCCGCAUCCUCCUCACAUCUCGUCCCGAGGCAGAUAUUGAAGAUGUUUUCCAUGCGAGUGAUCAUGUCCUUGUCAAGAGCAUGGAGGACCUUUCGUCCUCGACCGAGGCCGACAUCAAUUUAUACAUCAAUGCUCAUCUGGGCGAUCCCGAUAUCUCUGACAUCGACAACGAAUGCAAGCGAGUACUUGUUGCGAAAUGCGAGGGAUUAUUCCAGUGGGCGUCCGUUGCAUGCGAAUUCAUCAAGGGUUUAGGAGAGCCAGGAUCGACUCAUAGGGAACGGUUCGAUCUCAUCGUCCAAGGCAAGACCGAUGAAGCUUGGCCACUAGAUUCUUUAUAUCGAACUGUCUUAGACCAUCUUUUCCGAACCGCGAAUACUACGGUCAUGAAUCGGUUCAAGCUCGUCAUGUCACUAGUAUUGACUGCCUUCGAGCCUCUGUCUGUCCAGUCAUUGGAAGAGAUCCUCCGGGCCGCCAAGGACGGCAUCCCAGGCUUCAAGGACGGCAUCCCAGGCUUCAAGGCGAGCAUCAUCUUAAGAUAUAUGGGCUCUCUGCUAAGUGGAGUGGCUGGGAAGGACGGCGUCCGUCCUCUGCACACUUCAUUCCGCGACUUUCUGCUGGAUCCUUCUCGCAGCGCCGACUUCUACAUAGACACAUCGAACACUCACGCAGAAUUCACUGUCGCUUCAUUGUCCAUCAUGAAGACGCAGCUGUCAUUCAAUGUAUGCCACCUCAAAUCUUCGCAUGUGGCGAACAAGGACAUCCCUGAUCUUGCCGAUCGUAUUGAUCGCUAUAUACCAGCUCAUCUGUCGUACUGUUGUCGCUCCUGGGUAAAUCACUUGGACUGCACAGCGGCAAACGUAGCCUCUGAACCUACGAUAUUGAAAGACGUCGAAGUGGUGCUCACCGACAAGCUCCUGUUCUGGUUGGAGGUGAUGAGUUUGCUCCGUGCUAUACCUGGGGCCUUGCAAGCAAUGUCCUUGCUGACAAAGUGGAGUUUGAGCCUAUCUCAUGGACGACUAUCCGAAUUAACGAGCGGUGCACGUGCAUUUUUGAUUGCAUUCGGGUCACCCAUGUUGCAGUCUACUCCACACGUCUAUUUAUCUGCCCUACCAUUCGCCCCACAAAGUUCCACUGUAUUCAAAAUGUAUGCGAAGGACUUUCCUCAGGUGCUCAGGGUCUCGGCGGGGGCCGACAAGCAUUGGUCAAUCAUCCAAGACAUCAUACACGCACGCUCUUCAGUUUCAUGUAUAACAUUCUCGCCAGACGGGCUACGAGUCGUGUCAGGCUCGGAAGACUCGACAAUCCGGUUGUGGGAUGCGGCAACGGGUGCUGCCAUGGGCGAUCCUCUCGAGGGACACACAGAACGGGUCAAAUCUGUCGCAUUCUCACCAGACGGGUUGCGGAUCGUGUCAGGCUCGGACGACUCGACAAUCCGGUUGUGGGAUGUGGUAACGGGUGCUGCCAUGGGUGAUCCUCUCAAGGGACACACCGAAACGGUCAAUUCUGUCGCAUUCUCACCAGACGGGUUGCGGAUCGCGUCAGGCUCGGAAGACUCGACAAUCCGGUUGUGGGAUGUGGUAACGGGUGCUGCCAUGGGCGAUCCUCUCGAGGGACACACAGGCUGGGUCAAUUCUGUCGCAUUCUCACCAGACGGGUUGCGGAUCGUGUCAGGCUCGUCCGACAGGACAAUCCGGUUGUGGGAUGCGGCAACGGGUGCUGCCAUGGGCGAUCCUCUCGAGGGACACACAGACCGGGUCAAAUCUGUCGCAUUCUCACCAGACGGGUUGCGGAUCGCGUCAGGCUCGGACGACUGGACAAUCCGGUUGUGGGAUGCGGCAACGGGUGCUGCCAUGGGCGAUCCUCUCGAGGGACACACAGACUGGGUCAAUUCCGUCGCAUUCUCACCAGACGGGUUGCGGAUCGUGUCAGGCUCGUCCGACUCGACAAUCCGGUUGUGGGAUGCGGCAACGGGUGCUGCCAUGGGCGAUCCUCUCGAGGGACACAUAGGCUGGGUCAAUUCCGUCGCAUUCUCACCAGACGGGUUGCGGAUCGUGUCAGGCUCGGACGACUCGACAAUCCGGUUGUGGGAUGUGGUAACGGGUGCUGCCAUGGGCGAUCCUCUCGAGGGACACACAGACCGGGUCAAUUCUGUCGCAUUCUCACCAGACGGGUUGCGGAUCGUGUCAGGCUCGUCCGACUUGACAAUCCGGUUGUGGGAUGCGGCAACGGGUGCUGCCAUGGGCGAUCCUCUCGAGGGACACACAGGCUGGGUCAAUUCCGUCGCAUUCUCACCAGACGGGUUGCGGAUCGUGUCAGGCUCGGACGACUCGACAAUCCGGUUGUGGGAUGCGGCAACGGGUGCUGCCAUGGGCGAUCCUCUCAAGGGACACACAAGCUUGGUCACAUCUGUCGCAUUCUCACCAGACGGGUUGCGGAUCGUGUCAGGCUCGUCCGACUUGACAAUCCGGUUGUGGGAUGCGGCAACGGGUGCUGCCAUGGGCGAUCCUCUCGAGGGACACACAGACCGGGUCAAUUCUGUCGCAUUCUCACCAGACGGGUUGCGGAUCGUGUCAGGCUCGGACGACUUGACAAUCCGGUUGUGGGAUGUGGUAACGGGUGCUGCCAUGGGCGAUCCUCUCGAGGGACACACAAGCUGGGUCACAUCUGUCGCAUUCUCACCAGACGGGUUGCGGAUUGCGUCAGGCUCGCUCGACAGGACAAUCUGGUUGUGGGAUGUGGUAACGGGUGCUGCCAUGGGCGAUCCUCUCGAGGGACACACAAGCUGGAUCACAUCUGUCGCAUUCUCACCAGACGGGUUGCGGAUCGCGUCAGGCUCGUUCGACAAGACAAUCCGGUUGUGGGAUGUGGCAACGGGUACUGCCAUGGACGAUCCUCUCGAUGGACACACAGGCUGGGUCGAUUCCAUCGCUUUCUCGCCAGAUGGGUUGCGGAUCGUGUCAGGCUCGUUCGACAAGAUAAUUCGAGUGUGGGAUGUGACUAGUAUGAUCGGUGAGAUCGGCGGCUCACAGGUUACGCUGCGCUCAGACACCAAUAGUCAUAAUACCCCCACAAGGCUUUUCGGUAUGGACCCAGUAGACUUGGCAUUGUCUGAGCAUUGA